GGCUGUUAGAGCAGCCUCCCUGUCUGGGCUGAUGCAACAGCGCCAUCUACGGUCAGCAGCGGAGCGUCUGCCGCUGGCCGCCGCGGACAGCACCACCUCACCACCACAGCAAAACACAGCACAGGCCGGGCUAGUCAGCGUCUGGGAGAAAGAGGAGGAAUACCACCAAGAUGUCUGACAUGGAGGAUGAUUUCAUGUGCGACGAUGAAGAGGAUUACGACCUGGAAUACUCAGAAGACAGCAACUCAGAGCCCAAUGUGGAUCUGGAGAAUCAGUACUACAACUCCAAAGCCCUGAAGGAGGAUGACCCCAAAGCAGCGCUCAGCAGUUUCCAAAAGGUUUUGGAAUUGGAGGGAGAGAAGGGAGAAUGGGGAUUCAAAGCACUGAAACAGAUGAUAAAAAUCAACUUCAAACUGACCAACUUCCCAGAGAUGAUGAACAGAUACAAGCAGUUGCUAACGUACAUCAGGAGCGCAGUCACCAGAAACUACUCAGAAAAGUCCAUCAACUCCAUUCUUGACUAUAUCUCCACUUCUAAACAGAUGGACUUGCUACAGGAGUUCUAUGAAACCACACUGGAGGCUUUGAAAGAUGCCAAAAACGACAGAUUAUGGUUCAAAACUAACACAAAGUUGGGAAAGCUGUAUCUGGAGAGAGAAGAGUAUGGAAAACUGCAGAAGAUCCUCAGGCAGCUGCAUCAGUCAUGUCAGACGGAUGAUGGAGAGGAUGACCUGAAGAAAGGCACACAGCUGUUGGAGAUCUACGCCCUGGAGAUCCAGAUGUACACAGCACAAAAAAACAACAAGAAAUUGAAGGCCCUGUAUGAGCAGUCUCUUCAUAUUAAAUCUGCCAUUCCUCACCCGCUUAUCAUGGGAGUCAUCAGAGAGUGUGGUGGGAAGAUGCAUCUGAGAGAGGGUGAGUUUGAGAAGGCUCACACAGACUUCUUUGAGGCCUUUAAAAACUACGACGAGUCUGGAAGCCCGAGGAGGACCACAUGCCUGAAGUAUCUGGUCCUAGCCAACAUGCUGAUGAAGUCAGGGAUCAAUCCUUUUGACUCUCAGGAGGCCAAACCAUACAAGAAUGAUCCCGAGAUCUUAGCAAUGACAAACUUAGUAAGCGCCUACCAGAAUAAUGACAUCACUGAAUUUGAGAAAAUCUUGAAAACAAACCACAGUAACAUAAUGGAUGACCCCUUCAUUCGAGAGCACAUAGAGGAGCUCCUACGGAAUAUUAGAACUCAAGUACUUAUAAAACUCAUCAAACCAUACACAAGAAUACACAUCCCCUUCAUUUCUAAGGAGCUGAACAUUGAUGUGUGUGAUGUCGAAAGUUUGCUGGUGCAAUGCAUCUUGGAUAACACAAUCCAUGGCCGCAUUGAUCAAGUCAACCAGCUCCUAGAACUGGACUACCAGAAGAGAGGAGGGGCCCGCUACACAGCUUUAGACAAAUGGACGAAUCAGCUCAACUCACUCAACCAAGCUAUUGUUAGCAAACUCACAUGAUGGCAUGUAAAAUCAAGAGACAAGGAAAUGGCAUGUUUGAAUGCAUCCAUACAAUAUGCUACUGUGCUUCUUCCAGUAUACCUUAUGAGAUGAGAUACACAGCACAGGUUUUGAGAAUUCCACCAAUGUCAAGAAGAAACAAUCUUCAAGGCCCCCUAAGAGCGUGUUGAAAGUGUUGUUUUUUUUUGUCUGGUGAGAGGAAAACACUGACAGAGUUAUGCUUCUGUUGUAGCUGAUUGGCAAACCCUUUCAUAUGCAGCACACAAAUGCUUCAGUUGUUUAAAAAAAUGUCUCAAUGUGUAUGAAAACUUGUAUACAGUAUUCAUUGUAUACUGUUGCUUGGUGGUAAUAAACACAGAUCCUCUCAGCA